GGCUUGGCAAUUGCUACCCUUCCUUCUCUCUUUUUGCUUCACUUUUCAAUCACAGUUUAUAGAAGUUUGUUUAAAUAAUAUUUAAUCUAUCUUGUGCUGUUACACAGGACUCCAAGGAGACAAGAUCACAUUAGCGACACUUUAUUAACAGAUCAGAACUCAGAAUAAGGAUAAUACUGGUACCGAUACUGGUAGAGGUAACAGGGUUGAGGAAGCCAGGAAUGGAUAGGGAGUGAGUCCAUAAGGAGUGUAGUUUAAGGUCCGACAGGGAAUGACAGUGGUGCUGGUGUAUGUGAGGGCUGGAGAAACAAAGGAAGACAGGUGUGAAAGGUUGGCUUAAUGCUGAUGAGCGGAUCAGGAACAAGUGUGGAGGAUCAGGAGGAGUCUCUAUUCAUCUGUUUCCCCCUUCCUGACAAAACUGGGAUUACAACUUUCUUCAGGCACUUUGAACUCUAACAGGUUAACAGGUCUUUGCGAAAAUCUCCUCACUGGUGUCGCUCUACUAGUUGGCAACUGUGUGCCGUCACCUUAAAGGAUCGUUUGCUAGGACGCUGAAAAGACACUGUCUCACAGCCAUGAGGGACUUCAAGGAAAGGAUUGGAAUAUUCACCUGUCUUCUGCUAUGUAUUGUAGUAUUCAGUUCUUUCUAUUUCGGGCAGCUAAGAAGCAUUGCCUUGUUGAAGAAUCUGCCAGUGAUCCAUGAAGAACCAUCAAAACCAACCAUUAAUGUGGAUCACACUCUUGACUUUACGAUCAGAAAUGAUGUUCAGACUCGCACUUACUGGGGUGCUCCUAUUAUCUGGGAGUUAAUGUUUGACCCAAAACUUUAUGACAAAAAGCACCAAGAAGGAAAUACAAGCGUGGCUCUCACUGUGUUUGCUGUGGGAAGGUACCUGGAUGCCUACCUCAACACUUUCCUAACAUCAGCAGAAAAGCAUUUUAUGAUUGGAUUACCGGUGACAUAUUACGUGUUUACAGAAUCACCAGAGAAGGUGCCAAAUAUUGAACUUGCUCCUAAGCGAGACCUGAAAGUUGUCAAGGUGCAAAAGUAUAGCAGAUGGCAGGAUAUCUCCAUGAUGCGAAUGAAGACCAUAUCAGAAACGAUAGAAACGGAACUCGAAGGAAAGUUCAGUUAUGUCUUCUGUUUUGAUGUUGAUCAGGAAUUUAAGAAUAGAUUUGGCUCAGAGGCCCUUGGGGAGUCCGUGGCUUUGCUCCAUGCCGACUUUUACAACGUUCCAAAGGACAGGUUCACCUAUGACAAAAAUCCCAAAUCCAAAGCUUACAUGGAGAAUGGAGAUUACUACUACCAUGCGGCUCUCUUUGGAGGAUCAUUGCAAAAUGUGAAAGCUUUGGCAGACUUUUGUCAUGUGAACAUCAUGGAAGAUAAACUGAAUGACGUGGAGGCUCUGUGGCAUGAUGAGAGUCAUCUAAACAAGUUUUUCUGGCUUAACAAACCAACCCAGCUCCUCUCCCCUGAGUACUGCUGGGACAACAAUGUUCCUGACAAGAAACACAUUCUGGUUGUUCGCCUGACUUGGGCACCAAAGCAAUAUGACAAGCUUCGUACUCGGUAGUGUGGCCAAAAUCAAAGAGAUUGGGAUGAAUUCACAAACAAGUGUGAAUCUGUUUACUGUCUUGACAGAAGGGCCAAAUUAAGAAUUUGUGCUUAAGUCUAUAUUAUCUUAACAAAUCUUUCUUUACAUGUUUUAAAAUAGCAUUAAAAGGAAAAUCAAGCUUGUCCAAUAGAGAAGAUUAACUGUCUGUAGAACACUCGGACACCCAAUUAGCUGGUUUAAACCAGGGUUACUCAGUCCCAUCCUUCAAGACCUGCAAUCCAGCAGGUUUUCCAUGUAUCCUUGCUUCAAUACACCUGACUUAAAUUAAUGAUUCAGGUGUGUUUAAGCAGAAAUACUUUGAAAACCUGCUCGAUUGCGGCUCUUGUGGGACCGGAUUGAGUAACCCAGGUUUAAACAGUCAACCACUUCCACUUAUAGGAUAUCAAAGUAGUCCAUGCAUGAAAAUAUAGAAAGAAAUCAAGUUAGAACUGCAUCAGCUUUUAAAUUUGUGGCAAUAAGCAAUGCUAAUACUAACUAAAAGAUGCUGUUUCAGUGAAACAGCUGUGUGAAUGGUGGAUACUGAAGGAAUGGAUUAGUUUGUUUGAGCAAAAAUAUGAAAAUAUUAAUGAAGGAAAUAUCCAAAGACCUGGGGCCUAAUUUAUCAAACUGUGCGUAGCAAAGCAAACUACAGGUGGCGUCUGUGGCCCAAAAAGGAAAUGCCGCGCACUUCAACUUUUAGAUUUAUAAAACUGUGCGGAUACACGUCCUACGCCUGUUCCCGUUUAUAAAUCAGAAUCAACUGUAAAACAGGUACACGUGAGGGAACGCCAGACUGUCCACCUUAUUUAGCUGGUUGUGUUUUAGAACAUGCAAGUUUUGUUUCACAAUGACAUAUUUUAGUGAUUGAGGUUCUUAUUAAUAUCAUCUACCUUUAUCUUGAGACCCCCCCCCCCCCCCCCCCCACACACACACACACACACACUCUUAAGAUUAUUAAUAUCGAAUGUGCCUCUUUAUUCAUUUCUGCAAACAGCUUUAAUCUAUAACAUAUGGUGUGAAAGGUAAUAGUGGAUGUGCACAAAUGUCUCACAUUUUACAGCAUUUUCUUGAUUUUAUUCUGUACCAUUGGUGUCGCCAUAUCCUGUUUUUCUAGAUUAUGUGCGUACGCCUGGGUCAGAGUUUGUUUGGAGGUAGGAACGUUUUCCCGUCAAGUUUGGUUUUCAUAAAUCCUAAAAGUUGACUAUAUUUGGCAUACACCGGUUUUUGUUACUAUGCUAGCUUGAUAAAUGAGGCCCCUGGUGCUGUAUCCUUACAGAAGUAGUUUUGAAUUGAGAUACAGCAGUCAAAAUGUUGGUCUUUAAAGAGUGAUGCAAAAGAAUGAAGGCUAUGGUAGUAAUUGCAGAAGUACAUAAGUUCAUACCAAACAGAGUUGCCAUCAAGCAAAGUUGGCAGCUAUAGGACAAUCUAAUAUAAAAUAGAAUUUAGGAACCUUUCGAAGUUAGACAGUUUGGACCCAAGGAAUACCCAUCUUAUGUUUAAAGUAGUGUAAAUAAAAAGGAUUGUAUGCAGUACAACAGCUGAAAGGUUUGGGAACCAAUGCUCUAGUCUAUCGUUGAAACUUUUCCAGUUCAAAGCAGUUAGUUAAUGUAGGUACCCACCACUGCAGGUUAUAAAAGCCCAACAGACCUGUGAUGGGUUUGCUUUGUCUUUCAAACCUAUGCAGGUUUUUAAACUUUACCAUUUGUUUAAAUCUGAUGAAAGAAACUGUAUGGUGUACCAUGUUUUCUGGGUGAAGUAAUACCUGUAAAGCCAAUAAGGAUUUUUGGAAAAAUGUAUGGCUGUGUCCGAAUGUGCUCCCUACUCCCUACAAAGGGGUCACGCCAUUUUGUCGAAGUGUCCGGAUGUCCAGAGAGAAAAAAGUAGGGCACUCAAAAUUACCCACAAUGCAUCUUGAAAAGUAGUGAGCAUCGAUGGUCACUAGAUGGGUCAAUAUAUACCACAAUGCAAUGCGGGCAGAAGCUCAACAUGGCACAAGGAGGCAAAAAAAAAUUGAGCUGCGCAAAAUUACCUAUAAGCAAACAAACAAAGAAUAAAAUUCAACAUAAGGAAUAAAAAUAAAAAUAUUUUCACAACUUUGGAUUGGAUUUGGAAUGACGAUGGACAUUCGGACACAGCCUAUGUCUUUUUUUUUUAUCUCCACUUUUUUUGUUUGGGAAGGCGGGGUUGAUUGUCCAUAUCUUUAAAUGGGUGGGGCAUGUGUAUGUGACUGUGUAUCUUUUUAAAAGAUAGAAAUACUUGCAUCAUUGGAUUUACUUUUAAUAAAGAGGGAUUUGUCAUGAAUCAGGUUGUGAUCUUGUAGUUACUUUUAUGUUCUCAUAUUUUGGGUCUUGUCAUGUUUUUCUGGUUUAUGUGUCUUUGGUAUUAAAAAGUCAUGUUACUGUUUCAGUGUUUUUGGUUUCUGCUAGUUAGUGCACCUGGUCUGAUUAGUCACUCACGUCACAUGUGUCUAGUGUGUCUCUUUGUAUUUAAGUCUAUUAUUUUCAGUUCCUCCUUAUGAGUUCAUUGUUUGCUGUCUCCUUCAGUGGUUCUUGAGUUCAGGACAUUAAAACCCUUGUUAUCA